CAGCGGUUAGCGCUGCCUGACUCCGGCGUUAAAAACUCUGCUGCUUGUUGUGUUGUGUGACACUGUGGCUGAUCUGUAGCAGCAGUCUGUGCAGUUAACGCUUCAGACUUUGGCCAUGGCUUUGUUUUAUCACCAGAAGAGUUAGCCGGCUGUUAUUUUCUCCUCUUAGCCGCGGUGUGAUCCCCUGGAAGAUGGUUUGUUUGGGCCAGUUUCUGCUCGGUUCAGUCCAGCUGUGCCUGCUGCUCUGCUUCGCCUCCUGUGUGCCUUUAAAAUGCUCCGACCCGAAGCGCUGCUCGGGCAGACCACCUGUAGUACUAAUUCCAGGGGAUCUUGGGAAUCAAUUAGAGGCAAAGCUGGACAAGCCCAGUGUUGUCCACUACAUCUGCUAUAAGAAGACAGAUGAGUACUUCACACUGUGGCUUAACCUGGAGCUACUGGUGCCUGUAGCCAUCGACUGCUGGAUAGAUAACAUGAGGCUGAUCUACAAUAGCACCACCCAUCUGACUGAAGCUCCUCCAGGUGUGGAUGUACAAGUGCCUGGCUUCGGACAGACUUUCGGCCUGGAAUAUCUGGACCCAAGCAAACGCAGUGUGGGGAUAUACUUCUUCACUAUAGUGCAGGCAAUGGUGGACUGGGGUUAUACCAGAGAUGAAGAUGUCAGAGGAGCACCCUAUGACUGGAGAAAAGCUCCAAAUGAGAAUAAGCAGUAUUUCCUGAAGUUGCAGCAGAUGAUUGAGGAAAUGGCUGAGAAGUACGGUGGUCCGGUGGUUCUUAUUGCUCAUAGCAUGGGCAAUAUGUACACAUUGUACUUCCUCAACCACCAGCCACAGGCCUGGAAGGAUAAAUACAUCAAAGCCUUUGUGUCUCUGGGCCCACCAUGGGCAGGCGUGGCCAAGACAUUGAGGGUCAUGGCAAGUGGUGAUAACAACCGCAUUCCAGUCAUUAGCCCACUAAAGAUCCGUACCCAGCAGCGCACAGCUGUCUCCACUGCCUGGCUCUUCCCAUACGCCCACACCUGGCCCAGCGACAUGGUCCUGGUGAGCACCCCAAAGGCCAACUACACAGUCAGUGACUAUCAGCGCUUCUUCAAGGACCUUAACUAUAAAGACGGAUGGUCGAUGCGGGAGGACACAGAGCCUCUGGUAAGUGCGCUUGAGGCCCCAGGCGUGGCAGUGCACUGCCUGUACGGGACAGGCAUACCCACGGCGCAGUCCUACAUCUACGGGACGUUUCCGGAUGCAGAGCCCACCAAGGUGGUAAAUGGUGAGGGUGACGGAACGGUCAACGUUCUGAGCGCCGUCCAGUGCAAGCGCUGGAAAUCCCAGCAGAAACAGCCAGUCCAGCUGCUGGAGUUGCCUGGAAACGAGCAUGUGGCCAUGCUGCUGAACAUAACCACUGUCUCCUACAUAAAGUCUGUGCUGUUCUCUCCCUGACACGUGCAUUUAACCACAUAAACUGUCCUCCUCAGACUUCCCCUUCAGCUAGAGAAGCCACCAAAAGGAUAAUUCUCAAUUUCCAGACAGAAAAAAAGACUCAGUUCUGUCAGAUUUGGCACAUGAGGUUUGCCACUUCUGACUUUGGUUGUAUACGAUGCUUCAGUGGAAGGCGUGUCAUUUUUCAGGUCUGUUUGUGGAAUGUGAAUUUAGCCGUUUCUGGUUGUUUAGGGAGAUUGGAUGAUUAGCUGAUUUCUUGUGACUCAGAGAUAAUCUAGAUGUGCAUUGAUGUGCACAAUCAAAAACUCAGUGCAAUUUUAUAUGUGAGGUUUUAAAAAACCCUAGAUUUUUAAGUUAUAAAUGUAUUAAUAUUUAAUAUGAAUUUUAGACCAAAUGUUCAGUCAGUCUGUGUCAUUCAAACUGAUACUAACGUGAAUGUGCCUGAGAGUUUAUUGAACUGAGGGGAAUCAUUGGUAUAUUAAUGUGUCCUUUUUAGUCAUCCUUUUGACCCACAAAACCUUUAAGCCUUUAAAGGUUUCCAGUGUAAAAAUGGGAUGUUACAUUUUGAAUUCUGGCUGUUUUUGCUCGUGUUUCUCCAGAUCUACAGUUAGCCUGGUUACAGCAUUGCUUUGCUCAACACGGAUUAAACAAUGUGGCGAGACAUUAGAGAGGAUUUUUAAAUGAGAGAUUUUACUGUAGUAGAUUAUAUUUGCAGUGCAGCAUGUGGUAUAGAGUGUUUUAGCUUUUAAACCAUAUUCAUUUAUUGGCUUUCUAAAAAGGCGAUUGAGGAUUAAACAACUACAAAUCAAAAUCAGUUUUGUAAGUUGAGCCACAUUUUUAGGUUGUUUUCACACCUGCAUUUUAAAUCUGGUUCAUGUACACUCAUUUUUACCAUUAAUGCGAUUUGUUUGGGCAGCUGUGAACAACUUCAACAAGACCCACAUGGAGGUGGUCUUGUUCCAGUCCCAAACGAGCUAAGAAAAUACCUAAAUCAAAGCAAUUCUCAGACAUACUCUGCAAGGUUGAGCUGAACAUCUCAUGAGUCUAGAAUUAACUCAUAAUUACUACAGCUUAGUGCUGGGCAGUAUACUGGUUCAUACGGUAUACUGUAGGGGAAUUUAGAAGCGGUAUGCAUUUUUCACAUACCACCAUACCACUAGAGGCGCUGCGGAACACUGGCCAGAACAGCACAGUCAAAGAAGCAGACACAAAAUGCCAGCUAAGGCUAGCCAGUUAGCAUAACAAGCAUCUCAUCAAUCUAGAAUUAACUUUUGUAUAUUGCUCUGAUAAUUACUACAGCUCUGAACAAACACCCUCUUUGCCGCAAUUGCUCCAAAAUGAAAUUGCACAGAAAUAUGCACUAGUCUAGAACACAAGACAGGUCUGACCUGAUAAGUGAAGAGAAUGUUCUCACAUGGUUUGUUGUGAUGUAGUCUCAAUUUAUCCUGUGUGAAAACAAACCAAACCAAGUGAAAACUUCCAAAGUUUACAAACCUCUUUACUGAUUUUCAACAGGUAGAAUAGCAUGUUAAAACUUCAUUGAGGUUAUUCACACUUUUUAUUGUUUAAACAGUGUAAGGGUAAGUCUUCUCUCAUAGGAGAGAACAAUAAAGUCAGUGCCAGGACUUUAAAAGGAGUUAACAUAAAUGCAUAAAGCUCCAUUCAGAGAGAGAUCUGUGCAUCUGUUCAUAUUUGAACUUUAAUUAUUUUGGUUCUUUUUCUUCUCUGCAUUUCACACAGUAAAACCCAAACAGUUCAUCCCAAACAUCAUCCUAAUGUUGUUUCAAGCAUGUCACAUUUUCUGUUCUUGAUUUGAGCAGUCAGUAGCUGAACAAUCUGCUUUAAUCUGUGUCCAGGCCAAACAGGACUCAUUUUAAAGGUAUGCCAAGUAAAAUGUUCACAUUUUGUUUUAGCAUGUUAUUGUUUGUUUUAUUACUGAUGGUAGCUGAUCUAGAGGACCUGAGGAAGAGCUUCAGAUUUUUAAACUUUGGUUCAUGCUGCUUUGUUAACUGCAGAAGAGCUUAUAGAGAGCUCUAUGACUGUGACCCUUUACACUGUUUGCUACACAAAAUGUUACAAUAGUUUACAUUUUUCUUGUUAGUGAAUAUCAUACUUGAUGUACCUUUUUAAACUGUACUCCGAGACUCAGAAUCUACACUGGCUGUACUAUACUCUGUCUACACUCCACUUUGUGCACACCAUUAUUCCAUUAAAUCUCACCUAUGUGGGAACAAAAAA